GACAAAAAAAAAAAGAAAUCGGACCAACGUUUGACGUGAACAUGUUCCGGGGUUCUCCGCUCAAAUCGCAGUGGUGCCGUCAGAGUGGACCUCGCUGAAUUAACUCAACAGAACCGUCUUAACUCCGGGAACUGACUGGAACUUUCGGUUGAAAUUAUAUUUUAUAUUUUUCUUAUUUGAGUGUUUACGCGCUAAUGCUAACCACCCUAGCUAGCAUAGCAGUGGCCAUUCGCUCGACCUCGGCUAGUUUUUGCCGUGUCGGGGCUUCGUCUGGACUUGUACCUGGCUCGUGGCGUUCGAGGUCAUCCGCGCAGUCCAGCUCUUUAUCAAAGCCCACGCAAAGAAUGAAGAGCCUGCCGUACUUCUGCCGGGGAGAGGUCGUUCGAGGCUUCGGGAGAGGAAGCAAAGAACUGGGAAUUCCGACUGCUAACUUCCCCGACUGUGUGGUGGAGCAUCUGCCCGCUGACAUCGGCACGGGCAUCUACUACGGCUGGGCCUGCGUGGGCAACGGCGACGUGCACAAGAUGGUGAUGAGCAUCGGCUGGAACCCGUAUUACAAGAACACCAAAAAGUCCAUGGAAACUCAUGUGAUCCACCAGUUCAAAGAGGAUUUCUACGGCGAGACUCUCAGUGUCGUCAUGGUGGGUUACAUCCGUCCGGAGAGAAGCUACGACUCACUCGAGGCGCUCAUCGCUGCCAUUAACGGCGACAUCUUGGAGGCCAAGGUCCAGCUAGAGAGGCCAGAACACGUCAAGCUGCGGGAGGACAAUUUCUUCACCAGCCAUUCCACUUCCACUUCAGCAGCCUCCUCUUCCUCUUCACAGACUUUCAUCAACGGACACUGACAGAGUUGGUACAACUGUUGCCGUGGUGAGGCCUGGGUGAAACCUCAUAAUUUGAAUUGUUUCGUAUUGACUCUCGUUACUUUCUCUCUUUCUGUCUCCGACAGACGGACACAGACACACACACAUGCGUAAAUACUGUACGUACAUACAUGGGCACAUGCUCACACACAUUCAGUGAGCCAGGGUAGGGGCAUUAGUGUGUGUGUCAGGUGAUGCUAUGCAGAAUAAUGAACUUAAGCCCUUGUCCCACUGAAAGACAAACUUUUUCGAGUGCUUGCGAAGGUAACAAAUGUUGAUUUUUCGUCAGAGUUUGCUUACUGUCGCAGACAUUCACCAAACAUUUGAAUGUUUUUCUUGACAAGGAAAGCUGUUGCUUACCAAUUAAAAUGUCUGGUGAACAUCUUUGCGAACUUGAACAAACAUUGACAAAAAAAAAUCAAUGUUCUGUAACCUCACACACACUCCCUUACGUUUGCCUCUCAGUGGGAUAUGGCUUAAUGCAAAGAAAAAUGUAAUAAUUUUAUUUUCUUCGCAUUUUUUAAAAUCAGCAUAAAAUUAUUAUUAUGUAUAAUUAUUCAUUUCAACCAUUUGGGGCAAAAAUAACAGCUCUUACCAAGAUCACGAUUACAUAAGUUGAAGUAAAAGUGCAGAGUUCAAGUUUAGCCUUUCCUUCUUUGCACAUAAUUGUGAAACAUUGCUGGAAACUCAAAAGUCCACUUACUCAGCAUUGGCACUCAACUCAUUCUUGUCUAAAUACUGCUCUGAAGUCAAAUAUAUAUGAAAGAUCUAUAUGUGUAAAUGACCUGUGAAUGUAAUGUUAUUCAUCUUGUGAUCAGACGCUAAAAUGAUCAGAUUCUGUGCUUUUGCUGUCUUGUGUUUUUGUUUUUGAUUCAUUUUGUAUAUAAAAGACAACUGAAAGGAAAAGCUCACUCUUAUACUUAUGACAUCCGCAUUAAAUGUUCAACUUAAAAUGCUGUCCAUUUCUUUCAGAUCAUUUCAUCCAAUAAAUCCACAGCUAUACUAUA